AUGGAUUAUUAUCUUACCAAAUUGAAAGAAUUAGAAGAAGGGUUUCAAUUCUUUACGGACAAGCGCGAAAAACUUGUGGCGAUACUUUUGCUUAAUUCAUUGAAAAAUGGAUUGGUUGAAAAGAGUUCGGUUGAUAUUAGUGAUUUUGAGCAAGAACUUUGUAAAAAAGAAUGUGAUGAUGAUAAGAAAAAUUAUUUGAUCGAAAGGGAAACAAAAAUAUUUCAAAGUCAAACUGGUAACAAAAUCGGAAAAAUUAAAUUUCUCCUUUUUUUACAAAACCAAUCUGUCCUUGCUAAAAAUCACCGAAGAAAGAAACAAGCGGAACGCGUUUCCAUGCUGCAUGAGCUUAUUGGUGAUGUUAUUUAUGUCUAUCCACUUCCAUUGGCCAAGUUAAGAGUGUCAAAGAUGUCGCUAAUAACCAAUCAUGUGAUUGAGAUUACAUCUGGUCAGACUGAGUUUCGUCAUACCAAGUCUGGGCAGACUAAAGCCUGGCCAGUUUGUAGAUCUAAUCUGGUCGGACUGGUGAUCACAAAGUCUGGUCAGACCAGCGAUCACCAAGUUAGAAAUUUCUGGUUAUACCGGUGA